AUGGCCGAAAAGCCCGCCCUGUUGCGUAAAUACUGGCGCUACAAGUUCACGCAGUCGGAUCCCAAACUGACUCAAGGAUGCGACGAUGCGUGUCGGAGUAAGACUAUUUUCAGGAUUGCCACGAGUAACUACCAGGAGAGCACUCGUUGCAAGGAACUUCAGACCAAAUGGGAGGGGAGUCUGGCAAAGGAGGAUCCUGGCACCUACGACGAUGACAAUGGAGGCGGAGGUGCCUCUGGACUUAAGACCCUUAGCUUGGCUUCCCUUGUGGCUCUGCUGACCGCCACUAUAUGUCUUGGAUAAGAGCUGUCUGACUACCCUGGCCUAUUCAUAGCCAUCGAUAUAAAUUACAAAGUUUGCUUUAGUGAAAAAAUAUAAUGAAAUGAACUAUUAAACUAAAAUGUAUAUAAAAAAUGUUUCUUAUUGGAGCCUAACCGCAACUAACUACCCAUGGAAAUUAAAUUAUUCGUUUUUCACAUG